CUAAUGUUGAAGAAAAUGAAACGGUAGAACAAAUCACUGUCAAAGCUCUUAUUCCAAAAGAAAUUAUCUCAACUGGAGGAACUGACAUUGGACAAACCCCAUAUGUAAAUCAUCAAAUACCUCUCAAACUUGGAAUAGUCCCUGAAACUUUAAGCACUGAAGUAUUCUGGGAUAUACCAAAAGAAGUGCAGCGGAAUGACGAAGCUUGCCUUACAGCAGUUGAACUACUAAAACCAAUCAAGAAUCCUCAAACACGUGAAUAG